AUUAAAUACAAAUCAGCAGUGCAACAUCAGUGGCUCUGAACUCCUGACAUGGCAACAAAAAUAAUUUUCUUCACAGUGAAUGGGAGACCAGAGCAGGCAGAGUUCCCAGUGGAUUGCCCUGCGCAGGAUAUCAAAGAUCUGUUCCGCUCUGCAGCCGAGGCCGGACCCCAUGACAUCCUGAAGCUGUACAACCCCAAAGGCAACAUCAUCAACAUCUCCCCGAGUCUGGAGCCCAACAGCACACACUCCUGCUACAAGCUGGAGGUGGUGGCCGCCGACUGCAACAGUGCCGAGCUUGCUGGUGCAUUAGGAUUUGACUAUCUCCUCUAUGGAGAAAAGGUAGGCAAGGUGGGAAAUAAGACAAACAGACUGCAGGGCCUGGAGAAGAAAAUCCUGAUUGAGGCCGGUGAGACUCCUGCAGUUGUGUAUGAGAUGAAGAAACAGGUGGAUUCAUUUCGGGAGAAACUCGAGAGUGUGGAGCAUCUGAGCUGGCUGGGGUUGUUUAAAGACCUGUCAGAGGGCACACACAAGCCCUCCCCAUUCUACCACAAGAGAACCUUGCAUAAAACCAGGAAGGAGUGUGAGCAUGUACGGGAAAAGUUUCUUCAAAUGAGCUCCCUGGAGGUAUCAGAGGAAGUGAGGCAGUACUUAAAAACCCCAACCUUUGAUAACUGGCAGUGGGAGGACGCAGAGAUCAUGGUGCUCCUGCAAGUCAUGUACACAGAUUUAGAUUUCAUAGCGGCCUUCAACAUUGAGCCUGAAGUACUGCAACAGUUCCUGUUCGAGGUCUAUCGAAGAUACAACAACAUCCCUUUCCACAACUUCAAGCACUGCUUCUGUGUUACCCAGAUGAUGUAUGGUUUGAUCUGGCUGACCGACCUGAAGAGUAAGAUGGACAGCGUGGACCUGCUGAUCAUGCUGACCUCUGCAGUCUGCCACGACCUCGACCACACAGGAUACAACAAUGCCUAUCAGAUAAAUGCUCGGACUGAACUUGCUCUCCGCUACAAUGAUAUCUCUCCACUGGAGAACCAUCACUGUGCAAUAGCGUUUGAGAUACUGGAGAAGACAGAGAGCAACAUCUUCAGGAAUUUGUCCAUGAAUCAAUACAAACGGAUAAGGGAAGGGAUCAUCAAAUGCAUUCUGGCCACUGACAUGACGAGGCACAACGACAUUCUCAACAAGUUCAAGUCCAUCCUGACAGCUUUUGACUUCACCAACAAGGACCACAGAGAUGUGCUGAUGAUGAUUCUGAUCAAAGUGAGCGACAUAUCCAACGAGGCGCGGCCCAUGGAGGUGGCUGAGCCCUGGCUGGACUGUCUUCUGCAGGAAUUCUACAACCAGAGUGAUGUGGAGAAAUUAGAGGGUCUUCCAGUCACCCCCUUCAUGGAUCGGGACAAAGUAACCAAGCCGUCAUCUCAAACAGGCUUCAUCCGAUUUGUCCUUUUGCCUCUCUUCAUCGAACUGGCCAACCUCUUCCCCUGCUUGGAGCAACACAUUAUCGACCCAGUACGGAAGGCUCUUGAUUACUACACAGAGAUGGAGAAAGCCCUGGAGAGGGAGAAACAGAACCGGGCUCAGAGUGAGAAUGCAGCCAAGAUUAAGGAGGCGACUGUGGGCACACAGAGCACAGCUGACAGCCUCACAGAUGCUGCACCUGAAGCCUCGAAAGCAGACGCACAGUAAGAACUGGACAGCGCCUAUCUUAGGCUCCUCACUAAAGAUUGUAUUGUGUAUUGUGUAAAUGUAUUUUACCAUCCAAAUUUGUACUUUUACUUGUUUAUUUACCAGGCUACGCACAAGUACUGUAUGCCUGUUUUAAUCCGUUUUUGUUGUGGUUUUGGUGUAUGCGGAAUUCAUUCUAAUGUGAUGAGGUGGAAUCUAACUUAGCUUUAUGAGUAAUACAAAUGAUCAACAGUAAUAUACUUUAAACAAGUAUCUACAAAGUACAGUACAACACAUUUGCCUGAAUUAUAUUUAAUGGCGGAAACAACUUUUUUACAUCACAAAGGAGAAGUACAGUAAGUGAGAAAAAUAAUUCAUGCAUUUUCUAAGUCUGAACUAAAUUGUGUUUUUAAACUGUGUUUAUGACUUAUGAACAGGUGAAAAAAGUUCUGCCAAGUAACUUUUUUAUGCAUCUGAAGAGCACCAAUACCUUUUUCUAAAUAGGACUAGAAAUCGUAAAAUAAAAUUAAACUAAGA